CUUGUCAGGAAUGUUUGUGUUUAGGCUUUAGCGUUGCACGGUGCUUUAUUGUUAUUGUUAUUGUUUUGUUUGUAUGUGCGGCUUUUAAGGAGGCGGGACGCGGUCAUGUCUGUGAACAUGGACGAACUGAGGCAUCAGGUGAUGAUUAACCAAUUUGUUCUGACGGCUGGCUGCGCUGCCGAUCAGGCGAAGCAGCUUCUUCAAGCGGCCCACUGGCAGUUCGAGACGGCCUUAAGCUUAUUUUUCCAGGAUGCCAAUGUUCCAAGCCAUCAUCACCAGAUGAUGUGCACUCCCAGAAACACUCCUGCCACACCACCGAACUUCCCUGACACCAUCACCAUGUUCUCCAAGCUGCGGACAUCUGAGUGUGGCAGCAUUGGCGGGAGUGGCCCAGCCCAGGUUUCCAUGGCUUGCUCCCCACCUGUUCCUUCCUCCACAUCAGGUUUUGGCUCCCUCUGGGCCACCUCUCCGCCCAGCCAUCAGCCAGUAUGGCUGCCACCGUCAUUGCCGGCAGGACACCACAUUCACCACCACUACCACCACACACAACAGACUCCCAUUUGGCCUCCCGCGUCUCAGCCCAGCAACUCCCAGCAGCCUACAGUCUUAUCAGCACUUCAUGGCCAGAGAUGAGAACUGUGUACUGGGAUGGACAAGACACCAGACCUGGGCUUAUGAGAUGGAGGCGAGUAGAAUGAGAAAGUGGGUCUAACAAUGGAGGGGAAACACGCACAAACUUUUUUUUUUUUCCUCUUCAUCUCUGACAAAAGUCAUCAAAGCCAAGGAAGAACUGAAGGCCUGGACUGAUUACCCACAACACAGAAGAGGUGGAAACAGAAGCUUAAAGACACUGGACUGUCUGAGCCCAAAAGACGUCUUUCACCAUCAGUGCAAACAAGUGUAGUUUAUGACGACUCCAUACUGGAACCGUGUUCUGUCCUGUUGCGUUCAGAAACAUUCUGGCAGUAUGUUGGUAAUAAGCAGUAAAACUCAAAAUGUUUAUGCAACCUACUACAGUGUGGAAUGGAAAAUGCAGUAAGACUGUUGCCACAAAGUUAAAGGGGAACUCUGGUAUUUUUCAACCAGGGCUUUAGUUUCAGGGUUCAACGUCUCACUGAGGGAAAAUUAUUUUAUUUGGUUCAGUAUCUGAAAUGCUAACACGGUCACUGCCUGAACAGCUAUUCAGUGUAAUGUUACGAGGCUAAAACCGUCAAAGUAAGCUGCUUCUUGCCACAGCAGAAGUGUGGCGUAGUAUGGAGAAGAUUCCUCCUGUGGUACACACAUGCAUGUGUAAAGAAAUGUUUUUUUUAAUGAAUGAGAGGCUGGAAAGCACCAGGUUGUUUACAAAGUCUAUAUCAAGAUAAAAAUUGGAGGGGAAACUGGCCAGGAAGCAGCAGACAACUAACUGGUUUAACACGCUAACAUAACGCCACUGAAGGCGGCAGUCGCUGGUAGUGGCAGUGAGUGCCGGUGCGUAUAGCACAUGAAUGGUUACCGCUGCUGUGACCCACACGUGCCUUCAAUGUGAGAGGGAUUUUAGUGUUCUAAUGCAGUACGCGACUGAUUGAAAUCGUUUAUGUCUCAAGUGAAAAGUUGAACCC